ACAAAAGUAAAAUAACAUUAGUUUUAUUAGUAGGCCUAUUAAAUAUUAAUUUGCUUACUUUUUCUACUAGAUCUAGAUCUAAAUUAAAAUGAUAAACUAAAGAAAAGAUUUAAGACCUAACGAUGAUGGCCUCAGCUUCAUCUUUUGAAGAGUGUUGCCUCCAUCAGUGUCUGAAUAGUGCUUCAUCAAAAGUCCUCAGCAAAAGUGAUGCCUUUGUAAAAAUUAGAGCUUUUGAGCCUGACAGAACAACACCACUCACAGUCGUGAACUGGGAUAGAGGUGGAGUAGCCAAGUUUCACUAUCAGUGCUGGGACAAGCUGCUGGAGGCCGCAAGACAGAAUGGCAACGCUGGGCAGCUGCGUCUGACAGGUGCUGAGAGGAACAUGGUCGUAGAGGGAGCGAAGACAGCAGAGUUUCAUGACGCUGAUGAGAAAGUUGAAGGGGAAGCAGCUCAUAUAGCUGAGAUUCUACUCAACAGUAGGAAUUGUAUAGCAUUCACAGGGGCUGGUAUUUCUACUGCUGCAGGCAUUGGAGACUUCAGAGGGCUAGAUGGAAAAUGGACUAAUCGUGACAAGAAAAAACAAUAUGGUGCAAGUGCAUCAAGCCUAUCUACUUCUAAAUGUAGCUUGAUUGACCUUCGACCUACAUAUUCCCAUGAGGCCCUGAUCAAAUUAAUGGAAAUUGGUUUGCUCUCGUUUAUCAUCAGUCAAAACACCGAUGGCCUGCAUCGUUUAUCUGGCGUCCCUCCAGAGAAGAUUGCAGAGCUACAUGGAAACUCCUUUGUGGAAAAGUGUGAGAAGUGCCAGACUAGAUAUGAGAGGAGAUUUCCAGCUAGAACAAACAAAAUCAAGUGUCCCGACAAUCCUUGCCGUAUGUGUAAAAUGAGCCACAGAACUGGUCGCAAAUGUGAGAAAAGGCGCUGUGAUAGCUACUUGAUGGACACAAUCAUCCACUUUGGAGACAAUCUUGAGGAUGAAGUGUUGAAGAGAGCCGAGUUUGAAGCAAGCAAAGCUGAUGCUGUCCUGAUACUGGGCUCAACGUUGAUGGUGUCACCAGCUCAUUUACUAGUGACAAGGGGACCAGAGCCACACAGACUUAUUAUCUGCAAUAGGCAAGUCACUCCAUAUGAUGACGAGUGUUAUAAAGUUGGGAGAGACAUGAAGCAGCUGGGCUCUAGGGUGUUUGGGGACUGUGACUUUCUAAUGAGGGAAGUUAUGAAACACAUCAUGCCAUCAGCUGAGCUACAACAGUGGGAGAAAGACAGAGCAGAAAGAUUGAAAAUUUAUGACAGUAAACGUGGACUGGAUUAAAAUAAUUAAUUUAAAAAAAUUUCCUUUCUACCAUUAAUCACCCUUAUCAAGAGAGUUACAGAGUAACAUAAUAAUGUGUAUUGUAAACAUAAAAAUUAAAACAAAUAUUACACCAUUGUAUAACAAUGUACAGUUUAAUCAAGUUUAAAAACAUUGUACAACGUUAAAACAUUUUGUAAAAUUUUAUAAAUAGAACAUGUUUCAAUUUAUAUAGAUGAGAUCAAGAGGAAAUUCUUACAUUAGAAAAAUAUGUGGCCCUUUACUAAACUUUUUCAUAUGUUAAAACAAAGAACAUAAGGCCAUUGUUUGUGUAAGAGAACACAUAAUUAUAAUAUUGUUAUAAAUUUCAUGACACAGAAUGUGUAUUCAUUUUUCAAGUAAAUUGAAGAAUGAAAUGAGCUGUUUGUACAUUGUUUGAAGAAUAGAUGUAAAAUAAAUGGAAAAAAUUUAAACAAAUAAAUGUGAUUACGGUUUUUGAAACCCUUAUGGGAAUGUUAAAAAUUGCUAAAAACGUCAAAUAUUGUUUUCUAUUUAUUCAUACAUGGACUUGACUUUUUUUAUGUAUUUAUUAAAUCAGAUUUAAGUUACACAAUAACUGUAUCAGUAUGUAUUUCUGAUUUAUGUUUUAUUAAAAAUAUAUAAAUAGCCAAUAUUUUGUAUCUAAAUUAUCUUUUUUUAAAAACUACUAUUAAACAAAUGACAGUACAAAAAUAUUUGUAAUGACUUUUGAAUUAUGAAUGGUUUCAAUGUUUGUAAAAAAUACUGUACUGUAUCAGCCAGUGGUAUAUUUAAAGUUCUGUGAGCUUGGAAGUAAAAUACUGCAGUCAAAUCAAUAGUAA